CGUGCUGACAAACCUCAAUAUUCGUGGGUACCAAUAUUGUUUCUCCGAAGUGAAGUUGUUGGCUUAUGCCGACGACGUUGCCAUUUUUUGUGCCGACAAAGACAGUGUAGAAGAAGCUCUACGCGUAACGCAGAAAUUUUGCACAGUCACCGGUGCGUCGGUCAAUAAUGACAAGUCCAGCGGAUUUUGGCUAGGCAUGUGGGGAACAACACCAUCCAAAUUUGCAGGGAUCCACUGGAAUCAGCCAUCAAUAAAAUACCUUGGCGUACCCCUAGACCAGGCCAGGAACAGUGGGCUAUAUUGGACGUCAGUUGCCACAAACAUUAAACGGAAAAUAGAUGCCUGGAGGGUGCGAAACCUUUCCAUUUUUACUAAGGCUGCCGUGUGCAAUAUUUUCCUUACGUCUAAACUUAUGUACGUGUUACAAGUCCUCCACUGUGCCCGCCCACGUAUACAAGCGUUCCAUCGACUUUUCGCGACUUUCAUUUGGAGUUCCUCGUGGGAACGGAUGAGGCGAGACAAUUUAUUCCUCCCCCUUGAGUGUGGAGGGUUGGGCCUUGCCCACUUAUUUGUCCGUCAACUUGUAUCUAGAUUAUUUUUCUUUAGGAAUAUCAGACAUCCGCUACUGGCCUCGCUAGUUCAGACGAAGCUUGCGCCGCAUUUGCCCUUUUUGAUAGUUUCAACGACGGAUGACGUUUCGUGUGUUCUAAGAGGAUUUUGGAAAGAAGUUGUAGACACGUUGUUGUUUUUAAAUGUCCGGUUUUCUUUGGAAUACUUGUUUAGUGUUUCUAGAAAAUGUUUGUCUCAGGCCUUAGUUGAAAAUUUUUUCCCACUACCGAUUUAUAGAUCAAGGUUUAAUGACAGCCCUGGACAGGAUGUUUUGAAAAGAGUUAAAAAGAUGUGUGUAUCGCCUAUUGCAAAAACAUUUUUCUUUCAAUUACACACUUCCACACUUCCGGUUAAAGCGUGGCUACAGGAAAGAGGGUUUUUCGUUCCAUGGUCUAUUAACUGUCGAUUAUGCAACAAACCGGAAACCAUUGAACACUGCUUCAUAUACUGUAAUGACGCAGUGUACUUUUGGGACGUUCUCCAACGAACACUGAAAAAGGAUAUCGACUUCACAGAACACAGUAUACGAUUUCUCCCCGUUGAACAACAUGAAGUUGUCCCUUACGAUUUAUUUAUGCUUCUUGGGCUGCAUAGCUUGUGGAAGUGCCGGAUGAUCGACAGAAAUGCCCAACAGCCCCGGACGACCAGAUCGCUUUUCAUUGAAGAGAUAGCGAAAGUGCGAAGUGUGUACGAGGCCCGCCCACCGGUGCCAGAUUGGUUUAGCCUCUUUGAUGCGUGCUUAAACCUACCGCACUUUUAA